AUGGCUUCCUCCUUUGAUUCAUUCAACCCUGAAGGAUAUCAAAAUGACCCCACAAAGCAGCAUGUCCAACGUGAUUAUGAUGGUGGCUACAUAGAUUAUGAGGAAAAGCAGCAGAAUUGUGAAACCAACAAAGCUCAGAACAGAGAAAGAGAGAAGCUGUACUUGGCAAACAAAGAGAAGUUUCACAAAGAGGCAGAUAAACAUUACUGGAAAGCCAUUGUGGAGAUCAUUCCCCGAGAGGUGCCAAGUAUUGAUAAAAGAAGGGGUAGAAAAGAUGAUGAAAAGAAACCUUCCAUUGCUGUAAUUCAGGGUCCAAAGCCUGCAAAACCCACUGAUCUCUUAAGGAUGAGGCAACUUUUCGUGAAACUGAAACAGAACCCUCCACCUGACAUGAUGCCUCCCCCUCCCACAUCUGCCAAAGAUGGAAAGGAUGCGAAGGAUGAAAAUAAUGGGAAAGAUGCCGAGGAUGUGAAAGGUGAGAAAGAUGGAAAGAGUGAAAAUGAAGGGAAAGAUGCCAAGAAUGGAAAACCUCCUACACAAAUUGCUGCUGCUGCUGCAGCUGCCGACGAAAACAAGCCUGCUUCACCUUCUAAAGACAUUGCCAUGAGCAGUUCACUUGACUCGUCAAAAUUAGAUGCUCUUGUUGCUGCUGUUGCUGAAGGUGAGUAA